AUGUUGAAACUAAAGACCCUUGCAAAGGCAUGCAACUCAACUGCACUGCGUUCCAUUUCUACGACAGCACCUGUUAACGAAUCCGAUUCAUGGUUCUCCAAGCUAUUGGUACGUAAAAUUGAACCAACCAAAGAAUCACACAGUCGCAUGCUUAGUGACAAAGAAAUUAUCUAUGCCUUACAUACGCACAAUGUCCGUCCAGAUUCCAUGGAAGAUUAUUUAAAGAACUACAAAACAACUGUAGAACUGAUCAGAGAUAAAAAAGCAAAUCUUUCACAGGAAUUGGUUGCCUCAUGGACGGUACAAGUUGGUGAUAUGGAUCAAUGUCUGCAUUUAUGGAAAUAUACUGGUGGUUUUGAGAAAAUCGAUCAAGCCAAAGAAGAUUUGUGGCAUGAUCCGGAAUACUUGGGCUUAAUGAAGGAUCGUUCCAAAUUCCUUAGAUCUCGUCAUUUGCAAUAUUUGUUGCCAUUCAGUUAUUGGCCUCAAAUUGAAAAACGUAGUGGCAAUAAUAUUUAUGAAAUGCGUUCUUAUCGUCUGAAACCUGGUACCAUGAUUGAAUGGGGUAAUAACUGGGCCCGUGCCAUAAACUUCCGUAAAAAUAACAAUGAAGCCUUUGCUGGAUUCUUUUCGCAAAUAGGUCGUCUCUACAAUGUUCAUCAUAUUUGGUGUUACAAAUCAUUACAGGAUCGCAAAGAAACACGUGAAGCUGCAUGGCGUUCACCCGGCUGGGAUGAAUGCGUUGCCUAUACCGUCCCCUUGAUUAGAGAAAUGCACUGCCGCAUUUUAUCGCCCACAGUCUUUUCACCAACUCAAUAGA